AUGCGCGGGGCUUUGCAACAGCUCUUCCUGGACAGGCUGGCGACGCCUUCAGACUUUGAGAGCCUCUUUAGGAGCUGGCACGGGCGGUCGAGCUUCGAAGCGCAGAUGCCGGGGGCUCCGGACCCCAACCCCAAGCCGGACCUAGAUUGUAAGUGCUUCCGAUACCAAAAGGAGACAUUGGAGGACAUUAACCACCUUCAGCACAACGUGAACUUUGCUCGGAAGAUGUUCGAGCCAGCUGAGAUCACGCAGGAGAUGCUGGACAAAGCUAGGGACGCAAUCGCCAAGAAGAAGGAGAUGAAGGAGGAGGAGGCCGCCUCCAUCGACACCAGCAGCUUGUGGUACGCCAAGUUUCCCGAAGAGAUGGCCAAGAUCGCAAAGAGCGGUGCGAAGGUGCGCGUGAAGCGUGGGGAGGAUGAGAACGAAGCUUGCCUUGUAUCCUACCCAGACAAGGUUGGAGCCCGAAACAGCUUGCGCAUGCGAAAGAAGGCUUUGUGGGAGCUUUGUCCAGCACCGGGACCAGGGGACAAGAAGGUGCCAGAUGAGGACCCCCUUCCGUGUGGCGGGCGCGACAAGCUACGGGACGAGAACUUCAAGUGGAAACCGGGCGAUGCCAUUGAGUUCAUAGGAAGCUGCCGAAGCUCCUUGGCGCUGCGGCAUCCGGGCAUGAAGGAUUUCGAUGAGGACCCUGAUGAGCGGUUCCAGAUGGCGGUGCGGGACAUGACCCGAGAGCACCGGAAGAAGAUGGCCGAGGAGGCCGCGGCCAAAGAAGCCGAGGCCAAAGCGGAGAAAGAGGAGGCCAAGGAGGCUGAGAGCAAGUGA